UCAAGGACCAGGGCUCACUUCACGUCUGUCUGUCAGCCGAGGGACUCGCUGCUUCUGUGGAUGAAAACGUGAAAACUGCGAUCCAGGCAGGAAAAAAAAAAAAAAAAAAAAAACCCAAGAAGGAGGAGGGUUAGAAUCUAACAAACCCGACAAAUCUCUCCAAACUCGGGAUUCACGACGACAAAGAGCGCCCACAAAUCACAGACUCCCCUUCGCAGACAUCGCCAGCCCCGGACUGUGUGGCUUUGCAUGGCAAAGCAACGUUUUUGAAUAACAUUAAGAGGCUGCUGCCACCAGAGAGACAGAGAGAGAGAGAGAGCAUCGUGAAAAAUAAACAAGCACAUCGCAUUGACGAUUUUGUGUGAGAUCUCUGGAGGAUGAAGUGAGCCCCUUUCCCAGGACUCUCAUGAGGAAAGCUUGGAAAGAUGGAACGUAACAGAGGGGAGAAAAGAGACAGGCACUGUUCCCUACUAGCGACCGGGCUGCAUGCAGAAAAACAAGCGUCCACAGUCUAAAAGGAAAUACACCCCAAUAAAACCGCUAACCACAUGAAGACGAGUUUGUUUUUCAAAGGAAGAAGGAAUACAAUCUCUUUAUACCUGUGCGACUGUGUUCAGUGACUUCCUUUCUCAAGUCAAAAUGUUUUGCUUCCUCCUUCCAGAGUGGUUGUCCCAAUGCGGGGUCCCAGUGUUCUCCCCUAAAAGGAGGGGGGACACUUGCGUCCUGUGGAUCUUGGGCUUGGCUCUGCCGCUGGCUCUGACCUCGUGCCAAAAAACUGACGGAGCCAGCAGCAAAUAUCCACUGGUGACCACCAACUACGGCAAACUCCGCGGAGUGAAGAAAGAUCUCAACAAUGAGAUCCUGGGACCCGUGGAGCAGUAUUUGGGGGUACCCUACGCCACCCCCCCAGUUGGAGAGCGGAGGUUUCAGCCCCCGGAAGCCCCAGGCUCCUGGUCUGAAGUCCGGAACGCCACUCAGUUCGCACCAGUUUGCCCGCAGAAUAUUCACGGCGUGCUGCCGGAAAUCAUGCUCCCGGUGUGGUUUACGGAUAACCUGGAAAUCGUGGCAGGAUACGUGCAGAACCAGAGUGAGGACUGUCUCUACCUUAACGUUUACGUGCCAACUGAAGACGGUCCGCUCACAAAAAAACACGAUGAAUCCACGAUCAACAGCCCGCGCGAUGAAGGGGUGAGAGAGAGAAGUCUGAAGCCUGUGAUGCUUUUCAUUCAUGGUGGUUCGUACAUGGAGGGCACCGGGAACAUGUUUGAUGCCAGCGUGUUGGCGGCGUACGGCAAUGUGAUUGUGGUGACAAUGAACUACCGUCUGGGCGUGCUGGGAUUCCUGAGCACAGGGGAUCAGUCAGCCAAAGGGAACUAUGGGCUGCUGGAUCAGAUCCAAGCGCUGCGCUGGCUCAACGAGAACAUCGGACACUUUGGAGGAGACUCGGAGAGGAUAACCAUCUUUGGGUCGGGCGCGGGGGCUUCAUGUGUCAACCUGCUCAUUCUGUCCCACCACUCCGAAGGGCUGUUCCAGCGUGCAGUAGCUCAGAGUGGUUCUGCGAUCUCUAGCUGGUCAGUGAAUUACCAGCCCCUGAAGUUCACACGGAUCCUGUCCCGCAAGGUGGGCUGCAGCCUGGGGGAGACGGCAGAGCUGGUAGAUUGCCUGCGCAGGAAGUCCUUCAGAGAGCUGGUGGACCAGGACAUCCAGCCGGCCCGCUAUCACAUCGCGUUCGGACCUGUCGUUGAUGGAGACGUGGUGCCAGACGACCCGGAAAUCCUAAUGCGACAGGGGGAGUUUCUGAACUAUGACAUCCUGAUCGGAGUGAAUCAGGGGGAGGGGUUGAAGUUUGUCGACGAUGGCGGGACGGAGAGCGAUGAUGGGAUUUCGGCAGCUGCGUUCGACUACACCAUUUCCAACUUCGUGGACAAUCUGUAUGGGUACCCUGAGGGCAAAGACAUCCUUCGCGAGACCAUCAAGUUCAUGUACACGGACUGGGCCGACCGCGACAACGGCGAGAUGAGGCGCAAGACGCUGCUCGCGCUGUUCACGGACCACCAGUGGGUGGCGCCGGCGAUUGCCACAGCGAAGCUGCACGCGGAAUUCCAGUCACCGGUGUACUUCUACACCUUCUACCACCACUGCCAGACGGAGGCGCGGCCAGAGUGGGCGGACGCCGCGCACGGAGACGAGAUCCCGUACGUUUUUGGGAUCCCCAUGAUCGGAGCCACGGACCUGUUCCCCUGCAACUUCUCCAAGAACGACGUCAUGCUGAGCGCCGUGGUGAUGACCUACUGGACCAACUUUGCCAAGACUGGUGACCCCAAUCUCCCUGUCCCGCAAGACACCAAGUUCAUUCAUACCAAACCCAACCGCUUUGAAGAGGUCAUCUGGACCAAGUUCAACUCGAAAGACAAGCAGUACCUUCACAUCGGCCUCAAACCCAGAGUACGGGACAAUUACCGUGCAAACAAGGUGGCCUUCUGGCUCGAGCUGGUGCCGCAUCUCCACAACCUUCAUGACGACAGCUACACCUCCACCACCACGACCCGCCUGCCCCCUGGCACCCCCCGGACUCCCUGGAAGGGGCAUCGCCCGGCCACCACCAAACACCCCUACGCCACCCUGCCGCCGGACGACGACGACAUUCCUGAGAGACCCAGAUUUCCCCCUUUCCCGGGAGACACCCGGGACUACUCCACCGAGCUCAGUGUCACGGUUGCAAUUGGCGCCUCCCUCCUCUUCCUCAACAUCCUGGCCUUCGCAGCGCUCUACUACAAGCGCGACAAACGCCACGAGCUAAGGAGGCGUCUCAGUCCUCAAAGGAACCCGGCCAAUGAUCUGGCGCACAGUCAAGAAGAGGAGAUCAUGUCGCUGCAGAUCAAGCAUUCGGAUCACGAGACCCAUGACAUGGAGCCUCUGAGACCUCAUGAGAUACUGCGCCCUGCCUGCCCUCCUGAUUAUACCUUAGCUCUGCGCCGUGCUCCUGAUGAUGUCCCCUUAAUGACACCAAAUACCAUUACCAUGAUCCCCAGCACUAUAACAGGCAUGCAGCCUCUGCAUGCUUUCAACACCUACCCCAGCACAGGGCACAAUAACACUUUGCCACAUCCCCACUCCACAACCAGGGUAUAGCCACAUGCUUUCUGCAGGACUAAACUUUUUUCUUUCUUUCUCUGUGCUGUUUGGAGAUACUACGGAGUAGUCCUGUUGUUUUGAAAACCCGUCAUGGAUGUUUUCUUUCUUUCUUUCUUGGUUUCCUUUCUUUGUUUCUGGCUUUCUUUCAAAUCUAAUUCAUAUUUGAAGAAGAGGAUGUCGAGUGGACCCCAGUAUGUGCAUGUUUGCCAAAAUAAGAUUUCAAAAAAGGAAAAAAAAAUACUUGACUUGAAAUCUCCUUCCUUCUUUAUUUCAGCCCUCUGCCUCUCUAUCUCCCUACUUCUUUUUUCUCUCUCCCUUUCAGUUUCUCCUUCCCCUUGCUUUUUUCAUAUCUUCCCACCGAAUGUGGACUCUUUCUUCUCCUCUUCCUCCCUCUGUUCUUUCCCCUUUUUUCUUUUCUCCCAUCACAUUCUCCCGCUCACUUCCUCCUUAUAUGCUUUUCUGUCUCCAUCUUUCUCUCCCAUAUUUCUCUGUUCUUCUCCCUCUCACACAUCUGUCUCUCUCCAUGCCCAUU